CUAAUAUUCCUAGUACCAUUGGAUUCCAAUUUCCAAAUCUCCAAACCCCAAAUCUUACAAAUUGACUGUGCCCCCAAUAAUUUUGGUAAAUAAUUCAAAUCACAAUCCCUGUUUGUCACAAAAUCUCAGUCUUUUUUUUUAACACCAAAUCCCGCCGUGCCGUGCGUGCAAUUAGAUUUAAAGAACACGGUUUGCUUACUCAAAGGCCACGGCAGAAGAGACCAAAUAGAAGCCACCAAUUCUCCAGCAGCAGCAAUUGAAGAGUAGUAAAAUUACCAAUGAGACCCAAAAGCGGUAAAGGGAAUUGGAGCUCCAAGUUCAAGUUCAAGGGCAAACUUGGGUUGCCCACUACUUUCAUCUUCUGCUCCUUCUUCUUCCUUGCCGGCUUCUAUGGCUCCUCCCUCCUCUCUCAGGAUGUCGGUGGUGGUGGUGGUAGGCUGAGAGUGAGAGCUAGACUUUUAGAAACAGAGUACACUUCGAUGCCUUAUGGAGAGACCGGUGACGAUUCUUUAACUUCCAUUCCCUUUCAGGUCUUGAGUUGGUAUCCCCGAGCAUUAUAUUUUCCUAAUUUUGCAACUCCGGAGCAAUGCGAAAGCAUAAUUGGCUUGGCAAAGCCACACCUUAAACCAUCGACUUUGGCCUUGCGAGAAGGAGAGACAGAGGAGAGCACAAGGGAUAUACGAACAAGUUCCGGCAUGUUUCUUUCCGCUUCUGAUGAUAAAUCCGGGACUCUGGAUGCAAUUGAGGAAAAGAUUGCAAGGGCUACAAUGCUUCCCAGGAUACAUGGAGAGGCAUUUAACGUCUUGCGCUAUGAGAUCGGGCAGAAGUAUAAUUCUCAUUAUGAUGCAUUCCACCCUGACCAAUACGGUCCACAGAAGAGCCAAAGGGUUGCAUCGUUCUUGUUGUAUUUAACUGAAGUUCAAGAAGGCGGUGAAACCAUGUUUCCAUAUGAGAAUGGCUCAAACACGGAUGGAACCUAUGAUUUUCGGGAAUGUGUUGGCCUGAAAGUGAAGCCACGCAAAGGGGAUGGACUUCUGUUUUAUUCAUUGCUCCCAAAUGGUACAAUUGAUCCGUUAGCGUUACACGGGAGCUGUCCUGUAAUCGAAGGGGAAAAAUGGGUAGCUACAAAGUGGAUCAGGGAUCAAGAACAAGAGGAUUAGUUGCAGUUGCUAAUAGCAUUGUUGUAUAAUGCUCAAAUUUUCAUCCUCACUUGAGCAUUAACAGCACAACCUCAGCCAGCGGCGGGGGUCUUUCGUGUAAGAGCCUUCGUUUCGGUAUGGAUCGGAGUCUCGAGAAAUUUUCCGUCGUGUUGACAUCUUGUAUCUCAUCUAGCAAUUCAAUUAAAUAAGAGAAGGAGGUUUCAUUUGAAGCCAGAUAUGUGAAAUGUAGCCGGUACAAAUAAGAUGUAUUAUGCAACAAAAGUAAAGAAUUUUGACAAUUCCAUUCUGUUUCAGUUCCAUGCAAUAACAGCAAGUACAAUUUUGCUAAA